AGCUGCACCAAUGCAUUGCAUUGCAUUCACUCUCAGAGAAAACAUAAACACAAACACUUAGUGAAGAAGAAGAAAAGAAGAUUAAGAGCUCAUGGCCUCACUGAAUUCUCCAAAUCCAUCUUUCGCCAUUAGAGAUCAUCACAAUGGCACAACUCACAAGAAGUUCUUCAGAAGCCUCUCUUCAAAAGACCGACCUUCCUUCUCUAAAUUCCCCUUCACACCCCCUCGUUUCACCUCUCCAAGUCUUCACACUUCACCCGUUUCCUCCCCUCACCAUUCCUUCCAACCUACGGUGCCCACCCUCGAAGCUUCCUACCGUUGCUUGUUUUCCAUUCUGAAGAAGGAUGGGCAGAUGCUGUCGGUGGCUGCAGCAGACGGGUUCCUUUACACAGGUUCUGAAGGCAAUGUGAUCAGGAUUUGGAAGGUGCCUGAGUUCACUGAAUGUGAGCAGCUCAAGACCAAAGCAUGCAUGGUGGUUGCCCUGGAAGUCAGCCAUGACACAGUUUAUGCUGCUUAUGGCGACGGCAAGAUUAGGGUUUGGCAUCGAACUUGGGAUAACGGAUUGAAACAUGUUCGAUUAGCAACAAUUCCCAAGUCUUCAGGCUCUGUAAGAAGCUACAUAAUUGGAAGAGAUAAAACGGUGAAGCAUAUGGGACCAAUAUCAUCACUAGCAAUCAAUCUUUCCAGUGAUAUUCUAUACUCAGCUUCCCUUGACAAAACUGUAAAAGUAUGGAGGAUAAGAGACUUCAAAUGCAUAGAAACCAUCCAGGCGCAUCCUGAACCAGUCAAUGCCAUAACUGUCGCUGAUGAUGGAGUACUUUACACUGCCUCUGAUGAUGCCACAAUCAGAGUUUGGCGUAGAUACUUCUACAGUGAAAAUCAGUUGCAUACUCUAAUUCAAACCCUACCUGCAAAGUGUUCCCCUGUAAAAACCCUAACCCUUGCCCCGGAAGACGGUGUACUCUAUGGUGGCUGCGCUGAUGGCUAUAUUCAUUACUGGCACAAGGGCUGGUUCUCAGGCCAAUUACAAUAUUCUGGGGCCCUCCGGGGCCACACUCAUGCAGUAAUGUGCAUUGCAAGUGUGGCAAAUUAUGUGAUCAGUGGUUCAGCUGACUCAACUUGUAGGGUUUGGUCUAGAGAACAAGAUGGAAGACACACGAUGUUAGCAGUUCUGGUGGGCCACAGAGGACCAAUUCGAUGUGUUACAGCAUUUCUGGGACGUUUAGGGGAAGAAGGUGAAGAUGAUUGCACAAUUUGCACUGGGAGUCUCGAUGGGGUUCUGAAAAUGUGGCGCACUACUUGAAAGAAAAAUGCUAGUGACCAUGAUGGGGAUCUUCAUUAGCACUAUAAUGAUCCUUCUUCAACAAUCGAAAAAUGAUGAAACAAACUAUACGCAAACCAACAAGAAUUGCUAUGAUGUAGUCUUUGACAGAACAUGAUCGUUUGCACCCAAAGAAAAUCCCUAGACAUACCAUGGCUACACAUCAACAAGGUCAGUCUUACAUGGUGAGGGAUAUAACUUACAAGAAUUCUAUUAGGCUCCUUGUUUAUUGUACAAGUUUCUUGUUGUGCUCCAGACAAUCAGUGUAACUUUAAUUCUUGUCUUCAACUGAGACUUUUUCUGAUCACCUCUUAUUCAA